AUGAAUAUGUUGGAUGAUGAAGAUGACCAAAGCUUUCACGCUACGCGUGACGGCUACUCCCAUUUGAGCAAUGUCGAAUGGGAUGCGGUUGAACGUAUGGGUUCAACCAUGGGCAUCCAUGCUGUUAGCGUCAUGCUAGAGGCUCUCGAUAGAGAUGCCCAACAUGCUACUAUCGCCAAGUUCAUUGACAAUGAACUUGACGCUGAACGCGAGAAAGUAGCCUUGCUUCACCAACAAGGUUCUCGACAAGCAGAGUUGUUGAGAGAACAGGGUGCUCAACAGUUUGAACUGUUGAGACAGCAGCAGGCUGCUGCUGGUGGGUCGAUGCAUUCGCGUCGACCCGAGACCUUGAAGAUUGACAUCUCCAAGUAUAGGGGGGUCGAAGAAGACUCCCUCUUGAGAUGGUUCGUCGAAUUGGAUGACGCCAUAAGGGCGCGUCGCAUCGACGAUGGGGAAAUGCAAGUUGCAUUUGCCCAGUCAAAUCUGGCAGGACGUGCCAAGACUUGGGCACUGGGGCUCAAGUUGCACGACCCAUAUGCGUUUGGGUCGUUGGAAGUCUUCAAGUCGCGGCUCAGACAAACGUUUGAACCGCCUAGAGCUGAGUUCAGAGCUCGAACCGAACUCUUGAAGCUCAAGCAGGGUAAGCGUGAUGUGCACACUUACGCGUAA